AACGUAAUUGUCUAAACUGUACAACACCCAAUUUGUGCAAGCAAUUGAAUAGUUGACCAAGUGACUACUCAAACAAAGAAGAAAAAGGCAACUGAUAAAAGCAACAAAGGUACAAGCAUCAUCAUCAUCAUCAUCAUUCUUAGUUAACAUAUAUAUCUCCAUUACUGGAAGGAAAAAGAAGAAGCUUUAUCAAUGGAGUUUGAAGAUUUGGCAGAAGGAUGCAUUGCAGAGAUACUGUCACACACCUCUCCCAUGGAUGCAUGCAAGCUCUCCUUAGUUUCAAGAGCCUUUUGUUCUGCAGCUGAAUCUGAUUUUGUGUGGUCUGCUUUUCUCCUCAACUUCACCUCAAUCAUUCCUCCUUCUUCCAUUCCUUCAUCCAGUUCUAAGAAGGGUCUCUAUUUCAAUCUCUGCAACCACCCCACCAUCAUUGAUCAGGGCAAAAAGAGUGUUCAGCUGGACAAAAGGACAGGGAAGAAGUGUCACAUGCUUUCUGCUAGAAAUCUGGACAUUGAAUGGGGUGAUGAUGUUCACCAUUGGGAGUGGGCAAGCCUGCCAGAGUCCAGGUUCGAAGCGGUUCCCGUUCUUCGUGCUGUGUGCUGGUUUGACAUCAGUGGGAAGAUAAGCACAGUUGGUCUGUCAUCAGACACUGAUUAUGCAGUAUUUCUGGUGUUCAAGAUGAUCAAUGCAAGUGGGUUUCACUACCAUCCGACAGUGAUAUCAGUUGGUGUUUCUGGUGGCAAUACCAACUCCAAAUAUGUUUGUUUGGAUCUGAACUUGAAAGAUAAUCGUUUAAGAGAACUGCCAUGUCCUAAAGUGAGAAGUGAUGGUUGGUUGGAGAUUGAGAUGGGAGAGUUCUUCAAUUCAGGCCUAAAAGAAGAGCAAUUGCAUGUGAAAGUGAUGGAGACAACAAGCCAUAUUUGGAAGUGUGGUUUUGUUCUUGAAGGAAUAGAAAUUAGGCCUAAACAUGUCUGAUAUAUGAAGGCUGAAAGCUUCCAAAGAAUGCAGAUUUCUCAGUUUAUUCUUUGCUUUGACAUGUUCUUCUUUUUUCCCAUAAACAUUGUACAAAUAUGUAAAGUAUUAUUUUAUAGUAACAUUUUAUUUAAUAUUUAUUAUUAUUAGCUUAA